AUAUAUUCUAUUAAGACUUGGUGUUGCUAUUUCCUACGGAGUAUUAAAUUAUCACCCGUUUGAUUUCUAAUUUUUAAAUGGAAAAUUGAAAGUUUUAAAUGAAAAUUUCAAAAUGAAGGGGGCGAGAUGGAAAGCUCAAACGUCCUAUUCUUUCGGCAACCAAUUCCCCUGAAUUCCCCCAGUUUGCGAAACCCUUAUACCCGAAUCAACCUCAUUCUCGACUAAUUUCGAAUCAACUAAUCUACCAAAUCCAUCAAUUCAACAGUCUCCUUUACUCGACAUGGAGAUGAGUAUGACUACUACUCAUCAUCAUCAUCAUAAUCAAGUAAGUGAUGUUCCAGUUUUUGAUUUAAACUAUCCCAAAAGUCGUAGUAGUACUACUGGUAAUCAUGUUAUCGAACUUUUAGACGACGAUUUUGAUACCAAUCUUGGUGAUGAUGAUGAUGAUUAUGAUUGUAUUUUUGUUAAGAAGGAAAAGAAUUUGACUCUUAAAGGAAGUAAUAAGAAAGACCCUAUUUUGAUUGACGAUCAUUCUAUUCGAGAUACGAAACUUAAAGGAAUUUCUUUUCCAUUGAGUAAAAUUAAUCCGAUCGUCAUUGAUGAUUCUACACAAAUACAAUGUGUUGACGAUUAUUAUGAUUCUGAUGAUGAAAUUUGUAUUAUUUCUGUUAGACCUUCAUCGUCGUUCUUGUCGUCUAAGAAGAAAAUGAAACCUUUUAGUGGUGUGAGUAUUACUGAAGUUGGUGAAUCAUCGGGGUCGACAUUCAACUCAUAUGUUGAAAUUGUGGAUGAAAUUGAAAAUAUUGGAAGUGAAGAGUUGUUUCUUUGUGAAAUAUGCGCUGAUUCUAAACUUCAAAAGGAGUCCUUUAGGAUUAAGGGAUGCUUGCACUCGUACUGCUCUAGUUGUAUAGAAAGUUAUGUUGCUUCUAAGCUUUUAGACGGUGUUUCUCGAAUUGAUUGUCCGGUUCCUAGUUGCUGUGGAGUAUUAGAGCCUGAGUAUUGUAGGGGGAUUAUCCCAUUUGAUGUUUUUGUUAGAUGGGGCAAUCUUUUGUGUGAAUCGGUUAUACUUUCUUCACAAAAGUUUUAUUGUCCUUUUAAGGAUUGUUCGGCACUGUUAGUUGAUGAUGGAAGUGAGAAGAUCACAAUGUCAGAGUGUCCGAAUUGCCAUAGAUUGUUUUGUGCACAGUGUAAGGUUGGGUGGCAUGAGGGUGUUGAGUGUGCUGAGUAUCAGUCUCUGAGUAAAGAUGAAAGAGAAAAGGAUGAUAUCAUGUUGAGGAAACUUGCAAAAAGCAAUAAAUGGCAAAGAUGUCCCGAGUGCAAGUUCUAUGUGGAGAAGUCAGAAGGUUGCCUUUACAUGAAAUGCAGGUGUGGAAUUGCUUUCUGUUACAGCUGUGGAGACAUCAAUACAGAUCAUGCUUACCAUUACUGUAAAAAAUGUGGGCGAUAGACAAUAAUCUUUGAUUAUAUUGGAUAGUGAAAUAGUUAGAUCUAGAAAAGCAGGUAUAUUCUGAUCCUUUCUUCAAUGAUAUCUGGUUUUACCCAUUGCCAUUCAUUGAAUCUUCUUUGCUUACAUUUUGUUUAUCCCCAUGCACCAACUUAUUUUCUUUUGUGCCUCUUAAUUUAAAAGACAAUACUAAGAAAGGUACUCUAAAGUGUACAAACAUCUUCAACAACAUUCUAUUACCCCAAUGCCCUUAAGUAGCUCCCACCAGGAGGUUUUUAGGUCGGAUCAUCUGAUGUAUUAUGUAUGGAACCUUAUCCUUGUUAGUGAUAAUAAAGAAGUUGUUUUCGAUUAACCCUUGGUAACAAAACAUCAUCUGCCAACUUUACAUAUAUAAAAAGUGCGCAGUGCACAUGAUUUAAUGAGUCAUUUUAAUAGUCCAUUAUGAAUCAAAACCAAUAACUAUAAAUAUUUGGCCCUUCGAAUUAAGUUAUAAGGGAUAUAGACAACAAGAAAACAAAAAAAGGUGAAGUUGACAUUUUACCGUAUAACUCCAUUUGUUUUUUUAUCUUACCAUUAUAAUUCCAUUAUUUUAAGAAUAUAAUUUCAUGAUUCAUCUGUGUAACAUUAUAAACUCUAUUCAUUUACAACAGUGUAAAAAACUCCAUUGAAUAUUUGUUGCAAGAAUAACUUGAAAAGCAAAAAGAAACGAGGUAGUAGUUUUGUUAGAAAGAUCAAUAAUAAUUAGGUAAACCCUACCCUAGGUGGGAGCCACUUAAUGGUAAUGGGGUAAUGAAAUAUUGCGCUUGUUUUCUUUGUUGUUUUUAUCUUUAAUUUGCGGUCAAAAUAAAAAUAAAUGUACACAUCUUUCUUUUUUCUUGCUCACUUUUCAUUAGUUAACAUUUGCGCAUAAAAAUAGUCCAUGCUUUGGUGAAGAUUUUAAACAAGCAUGACAUUAGACUUUCUUGUUCAAUAAAUUGUGAAAUUUAUGCUUUUUAAGAAUUUAUUGAGUUCUGCAAUUUGUGACUUAGUCUUAUCUAUUCAUAUAAUCCAAAAUGUUAAUUGCAAAAAAUGCAUGUACAACACUAUCUUGCAAAAUUUUUGCAAUUUAUGUAUGAGGCUUUAAGUGCUUGUAAUUGCUACUCCACUUUCCCCCGUAAAAUCAACUAUGGUAUACAAUGCAUAUUUUCAAUAGUUUGAAGAAGGAAAACUAUUGAAACUACAUGUAUUUGUAAAUAUGGUACAAUGUCCUAUAAAUAUGGGUUAUGACUAAUGAUGUUUGAAAUAUUUUGGAAAGCAUAAGGAGCAUUUUUUUUUUCUUCUAUUUUCAAAAGUUUGAUCGUAGUUAUUAGGUAUUGAAGAUGCAAAGGGAUGCAGCGGGAAGGGAAUGAGAGGGGGGGGGGGGGGGGGGAAGACAUCGGAGAGAAGAUGUUGUGUUGGUAGUUUUGAUGGAGGUGGGAGAGAAGUUUGGUGAUGUUGUUGUGUUGGUGGGUUUCAUAACACAGCAAGGAGAGUGACCUUGGCAUCUAGAAGAGAAGGUUCGAGGUUUUAGGGUAGCUGUGCAGCUGUGCCAAACUGCCAAGAUGUUGGAUCUGCUUAUAUUAUUCUUGAUCUCAGGCAGGGCUUGUAUGAGAAACCCUCUUUCCUGCAUUUGAAUGAGAAAUAUGUUCCUUUUUUCCUAAAUAUUUGAUAUGGCUCAUAUAGGUCUAUUAUCCAUGCCUAAGUAGCUCAAUAAAUCUGAGUUCAAUAUGGUUUGGAAAAUUUGUAUGCCUUAAUCUACUUCUCUAUCCCUGAGGUUCCGCUUGGUACUUAUAUAUAAAUGGUACUUACUACUAAGAAUGAAUUUUUAGUGUUAAUUUUCAUGAAAUGUGUUAUGUUAUUUUCACCAUAAUGAAACUCACAUUCUUAAACUCAUGUUUUCUUUCCAAUCGCAAACAUAUAUCACUCUCCUCCAAAUUGGUUAUAGAGUAGAUAAGAAUGAAAUUUGUAAAGAAUCUAAAUGAUUAGAAUAGGAGAAGUAUGAUUAUAACCUUUUUCAAGUAAUUUUCUUUGCAAAAUUAAAUUAACUUUCAAUUAUCAUUCUCACUAUCUAAUACGAAAAACCAAAUGGCUAUAACUAUUUUCCUCGUAAGAUAGAAAUUGCUUUUUUUUUUUUAGUAGUUCAAGCAAUAAUACUGUGUUUGGAUAAUAAUUUUAAAAAGAAAAGAAAGGAAGGAGAGGAAAAGGGAGAGAAGUGAAAGGAAGGAAAGAAAAAUGAAAGAUAAAUAUUCAUUGUUUGUUUAGGUGGAAGGUAAGAUCCUCCAAAUCUUUCCACCAUUAGAGAGAUUGUAACGUUAACACACUUAAUGUUUUCUUUUGAAAAUCAGCAGCUUUUUUUUUUUGAUAUCUCAACAAGAGAUCCUUCAACCUCUUAGAUCCCUUUCCUUCCUUUAUCUCCAUUUACUUGUAUCCAAACAGUGUAAAAGUUGGACAUAGCAAAUGAGAGGUGAAAUUGACAGAUAGAAAAAUUAUUGUUGGGAAUUUUCCCAUUACUAUGUUUGAAUAUCAACAUUGGAGAGAAAGGAAAGAAAAGGAAGGGGAAGGGAAGGGAUGGAAAGGAAGGGAAGAAAUGGAACAAAAAUAAUUUUUGUUUGAUUAGGAGGGAAGGGAAGAGAAAGAAAGAGGGAUAAGAGUCUUCUUUUCAAAUCUUUCUAACUUUAAUAUUCAUACCUUAACAAAAAUCAUUCAUCUAAUUCUUCUAAAUCUCUCCGCUUCAAAUUCCUUCCCACUUAUUUUGUUAUCCAAACGAGAGAUCUUUUAUCCCUCCAAAUUCUUACCCUUCCUUUUCCUUUAUUUAUCGAAUUCAAAGGGAAGCCCAAAAGUCAAAAGUAGUACACGGGGCCAAUUCAUGAAUACAACUGGACCAAGUUCUAGAAAGAAAACAAGUUCAAUCGUAGGCUUGCAGCUUCUUGUUUAGUUUUAUGUUUUGAAUAUGUAUUAAUUUCAUCUACUAAAUUCCCUUUUUUCUUGAUUCUAUUGAACAUUACAGAUGUCAAUGGCUCUUGUUGGUGCCUGGUUUUUUGCUGGACUAUGGAGGAACUCAAAGAAAUAUGUAAGCUAUGUUCAGUGUAGGGGAUCGAUCUAGUAGAAUUAUGCUGAAUGCUCAUUCACAAAAUUACAACUGUAAUUGUCUCAUUCUGUGAUUUUUCUAGAAUGUUUAUACGAUCAUGAGAACUUUUGGAGUCUUAGCCAAUUGGAGGCACUAAUUUUCCAUCUAAUUUUAUCUAUUAGUUUGAUCAA